CCCGUCACCUGACUGCCGGGGACGCGCCCGGCGCUGGUUUACCCCGCGCCGUAGCCCGGCGCCCCCUCCUCUCCUUUCCCCUCGCCCUCCCCUGCCCCGCCGGUGGGCCGCGGCUGGCGUGCGGGGGAGUCCGGCUCCGCCAUGGUGCUGGAGUCGGUGGUGGCGGAUCUGCUAAACCGCUUCCUGGGCGACUAUGUGGAGAACCUGAACAAGUCUCAGCUCAAGCUGGGCAUAUGGGGGGGUAAUGUGGCACUUGACAAUUUACAGAUAAAGGAGAAUGCAUUAAGUGAACUGGAUGUACCUUUUAGAAUAAGAGUUGGUCAGAUAGAUAAACUUACUCUGAAGAUUCCUUGGAAGAAUCUCUAUGGCGAGGCAGUUGUUGCAACUCUGGAAGGCUUGUAUCUUCUAAUAGUUCCUGGAGCAAGCAUUAAAUAUGAUGCAGAGAAGGAGGAAAAAUACUUGCAGGAUAAUAAACAAAAGGAACUGGCAAGAAUUGAGGAAGCCUUGCAGAAAGCGGCAGAAAAAGGCACUCAUUCACAAGAUUCCUUGUAUGGGUUGGAGAGCCUGAUAUACAAGGACACCAAGCCUGGACGUAAGCGUAAAAAGUAUAAAAAGCAUUUUAAGAGACCCUUUAAAGGUCAUGAUCACUCAAAAGACAAACCAAAGGAGGAGAAGAAAGAUACUUUCUUAGAAAAGCUUGCAACUCAAGUUAUAAAAAAUGUGCAAGUCAAAAUCACAGGCAUUCACGUUAAAUACGAAGAUGAUAUCACGGAUCCACAGUGUCCGAUUUCCUUGGGAAUGACGUUGGGCGAGCUUAGUUUACUGACAACAAAUGAGAACUGGACACCUUCUAUUCUGAAUGAAGCUGCAAAAAUAAUAUACAAGCUUUUGUGCCUGGACAGCCUCAGUGCUUAUUGGAACGUACACAGCAAAAUGUAUUAUCAUGGCUCCCGUGAACAAAUACUGGAUCAGCUGAAAAGAGGAAUUCCUUGUAGUGGUAACCAGCCUCAAGACUACCAGUAUAUUUUUAGACCAGUAUCGGCCUCUGCAAGACUGUAUAUCAACCCAUAUGCAGAAGUAGAACUAAAAACUCCCAAGCUUGAUUGUAAUGUAGAAGUACAGAGAAUUGUCAUUGAAUUCACUAAGCCACAGUACCUCAGCAUGAUAGACCUUCUGGAGUCCAUAGAUUACAUGGUUCGCAAUGCACCAUACAGAAGAUUUAGGCCAAAUGUAUCUCUCCAUAAAAAUGCUAGACAAUGGUGGAAAUACGCAGGUAACAGUGUUCUUGAAGUUCACAUCAAAAGAUAUACUCGCAUGUGGUCAUGGAGUAACAUAAAACAGCAUAGGCAGCUUCUGAAGAGUUACAAAAAUAUGUACAAGAACAAGCUGACACAGAGUAAACUGUCAGAAGAAACACAGAGGCAAAUUCAGGACCUAGAAAGAAAGCUUGAUGUCUUCAAUAUAAUCUUAGCAAGACAACAAGCACAAGUUGAGACAAUAAGAUCAGGACAAAAACUACUGAAGAAGAAAAACACUGAAGUAGAAAAAAGAAGUGGAGGAUGGUUUGGUGGUUUCUGGGGUAAAAGAGAGUCUAGGAAAAAGGAAGAUGAAGAAUCACCUGUUCCUGAAACUAUUGAUGAACUAAUGACACCAGAAGAGAAAGCUAAGCUUUUUACUGCUAUUGGAUAUAGUGACAGCUCCUAUCAUGUUUCCUUACCAAAGCAGUAUGUUGCCCAUGUUGUGACACUGAAGCUGUUAAGCACUUCUCUUACAAUUAAAGAAGACAAGAACGUGGCAGAAACUCUUAAAGUACAGAUAAUUGAUCUGAGUACCAAAAUAUCACAGCGCCCAGGAGCACAAGCCAUUAAGGUUGAAGCAAAGCUUGAAAACUGGUAUGUUACAGGCCUGAGACAAGAAAACAUUGUACCAUCUCUUGUGGCUUCCAUAGGGGACAGCAAGUCAUCUUUACUUAAGAUAGAGUUUAAUGUUAACCCAGAGGAUAGUACUGCUGACCAGAGUCUUACUAUUGAAUCACAGCCUGUGGAAAUAAAAUACGAUGCAAGAACAAUAAAUGCAAUGGUAGAAUUCUUUCAGACAAGUAAGGGAAUGGAUCUUGAAAGAUUAACAUCAGCCACAUUAAUGAAGCUGGAAGAAAUCAAGGAAAGAACUGCUACAGGAUUAGUUCAUAUUAUUGAAAUGCGGAAAGUCCUUGAUUUGAAGAUUAAUCUGAAACCUUCCUACCUUGUGGUUCCACAGACGGGAUUCUACCAUGAAAAAUCAGAUUUGCUGAUUUUGGACUUUGGUACAUUUCAGCUGAACAGCAUAAAUCAAGGCAGUAGUCAAGCUUCUAGCUUUUCGUCUUUAGAGGAGAUUAUGGAUAAAGCUUAUGACAAGUUUGAUGUGGAAAUAAAAAAUGUGCAACUUCUUUUUGGAAGAACAGGUGAAGACUGGAAGAAGGCUCGUUUUCAACACCCAUCAACUUUGCACAUAUUACAGCCUAUGGAUAUUCAUGUACAGUUGGCAAAAUCGAUGGUGGAAAGAGAUACCAGGAUGGCAAAGUUUAAAGUGUCAGGAGAACUUCCUUUGGUGCAUGUCAGAGUCUCUGACCAGAAAAUCAAGGCAAUUUUUGAUCUGAUUGAUAGCAUUCCAUUGCCUCAGAAGUCAUCUGUGUCAAUUCCAAGCACAAAGGUACCGGCUAUUCCCACAAUUCCUGUUGUUAGUAAAGGGUUACUUAAUACACCCCAGUUGUUAGCAGAAAUAGUGUCAGACUCUGAAGAAGAAUAUUUUGAUUUUGAGGAAAGUUCUGAACCAACUGACAGGUCACUAAUUAAAGGAGAAGAAAUAAGAAAUAAGGAGCCUGCUAAAGAGGAACUGACAGAUCUUCUGUUGAAGUUUGAAAUUAAAGAGGUUUUAGUAGAACUCACCAGGCAAAAGAAAACUGAGGAAACGGUACUUGUAUUUGAUGUAAUGCAUCUUGGGACAGAAGCUACUGUCAGAACCUAUAAUUUAGCAGCUGUAUCUUAUUUAAAGAAAAUAAGCUUGGAUUACUAUGAAAUUGGAGGUAAAAAAGCACCCAUUCAUCUAAUUAGUUCCUCGGAUAAACCUGGCUUAGACCUUCUGAAGGUGGAAUAUAUCAAGGCUGACAGAAAUGGGCCACACUUUCAGACAAUUUUUGACAACGCUGAACAGAUGAUUCAAGUAGCUUUUUCGUCAUUGAACCUUCUACUGCAUACAGAGGCCCUGGUGUCUGCUGUCAGUUUUCUAGCAGCUGUUAGUCCAUCAGGCAGUGGAAGUAGUAGAGACACACCAACUAAAGACGAAAAACAAGAAGAUGACACUAGAUUGAAGAAAGUGGCUAGACCUUCGAAGGAUAAGGAUAUCUUUGACUUCAAGCUUUUUGCCAAGCUGGAUGCCUUCUGUUUAAAUAUUUGUGAUGAAAAAAAGAACAUUGCAGAGAUCAAGAUACAAGGUCUUGACUCAUCACUUCUCCUUCAGCCAAGUCACACUGUAUUCUUUGCCCGACUUAAAGACAUAGUUGUCACAGAUGUUGAUUCAAGGACCCUUCAUAAAAAAGCUGUGUCUAUAGUAGGAGAUGAAGUUUUCAGUUUCAAUCUGACAUUAGAUCCAUAUGCUACGGAGGGAGAAGCCUACACUGACAUGUCAAAAGUGGAUGGUACUGUAUCUUUGAAAGUAGGCUGUAUUCAAAUAGUAUACCUUCACAAAUUUCUCAUGUCUCUUCUGACCUUCCUGAACAACUUCCAAACAGCUAAGGAGGCACUGAGUGCUGCUACAGUCCAAGCUGCUGAAAAGGCCGCUACCAGUGUAAAAGACCUGGCUCAAAGGAGUUUUCGACUUGCAGUGGACAUUCACUUGAAAGCACCAGUUAUAGUCAUUCCUCAGUCCUCAGUUUCCCCCAAUGCUAUAGUAGUAGAUCUUGGCUUGAUUAAGGUUCAGAACCAGUUUAGUUUGGUGUCUUCAGAAGGCAGUUUGCUCCCUCCAGUCAUUGACAAAAUGGACGUGCAGCUGACAAAGCUGAAACUGUCUAGGACCACUAUGGAGACAGGUUUGUCACAUCCAGACAUUCAGAUACUUCACCCUAUUAAUUUAAGCCUGUCUGUGAAACGAAAUCUGUCUGCAGCUUGGUUUCACAAAUUACCGGUGUUGGAGAUCACGGGGUAUCUGGAUACAAUGAAUGUUGUGUUAAGUCAAGAGGAUUUGAAUGUCUUCCUCAAAGUGUUGACGGAAAACCUUGGUGAAGCAGAAGACAAACUCACUCAUGCAAAAUCAGUACUGCAAAAGGAAGGUAAAACCAAAGAAAUGGAGAAAUUGGUUUUGACGCAGGAUAAGAGUGUUCCAGAAGGAAUGUUGUCUGAAAAGAGAAAAAGAACAUUAAAUGAAGAUGUCAUCAAUAUGCUACUUAAUUUUGAAAUCAAAGAGGUUGUAAUAACCUUGAUGAAGCAGGUUCAGAAGGAGAGAUAUCCAUUACAUAUUCUAACUGUGCUACAGCUUGGAACUGAAACCAAAAUUAGAAAUCAUGAAUUAACUGCAGCAGCAUAUCUGAAAAAAAUUAUUAUGACAUGCAUUGAAAUAAAUGACUCAAAAGGAGAUCCUCUUUGCAUUAUUAAUUCUUCGAGUGAGACAGAUGAACAUCUUCUGAAAAUGGAAUACGUUAAGGCUGAUGCUGAUGGACCAGAUUUUGUUACUACUUAUAGAAGCACCAAGCAAAACAUUAAUGUCAUCUUUUCAUGUUUGGAUAUAGUACUUCACACAGAGGCUUUGCUUUCCAUCAUGAGUUUUCUCACAUUCAGUGUUCCAUCAGGUGGUCUUCCCAGUACUGGUAAAGCAUCAGACCACAAGCCUCAAAUGAAAGAACAAGAAAAAGGAAGUACUCUUAGACCAGUGUCUAGUAAUGCAGCCCAUGAUGAUACCUGUGAAUUAAAACUCACUGCAAAGCUAAAUGCAUUCAGAAUUACAGUGUGUGAUCAGACCUGUAGAAUUGCAGACAUUAGAAUACAAGGAAUGGAUGCAUCUGUAGCUAUGAAACCUAAAAAGAUUAAAGUGUUCUCCAGACUUGAGGACAUUGUAAUUACAAAUGUUGAUCCAAAAACAAUCCAUAAAAAGGCUGUCUCCAUAAUGGGAGAUGAAGUGUUUAGAUUUCACAUGUCACUUUAUCCAGAUGCUACUGCAGGGGAAGCCUACAUUGAUAUGUCAAGGGUGGAUGGUAAAAUGUCUCUGAAAGUGGGCUGCAUCCAAAUAAUUUACCUGCACAAAUUCUUUAUGUCUCUCUUGAACUUCCUAAACAAUUUCCAGACGGCACAAGAAGCCCUGACUGCAGUCACCGUCCAGGCAGCAGAAAUGGCUGCUUCCAGUGUGAAAGACUUUGCUAAGAAGAGCUUCCGCCUCUUAAUGGAUGUCAACCUGAAAGCUCCUGUUAUAGUUGUUCCUGAAUCUUCAACUUCAUAUAAUGCUUUGGUAGCUGAUCUUGGCUUAAUCAGAGUUCAGAAUGAAUUCAAGCUAGUGUCUUCAGAUGAAUCUUCUCUUCCUCCAGUCAUUGACAACAUGGAUGUACAGCUAACUCAUUUGAAAUUAUCGAGGUGCAUUAUAUCCACAGAUUCUCAACCAGAUUCUGAAAUUCUGCAUCCUGUGAGUUUGACUUUGCUGGUUCAGAGAAAUUUAGCAGCAACUUGGUAUCAUAAAACCCCAACAAUUGGUAUCAAAGGAGACCUAAAACCAAUGCAGAUAGCACUCAGUGAAGAUGAUCUAACUGUUGUCAUGAAAAUUUUACUUGAAAACCUUGGAGGGGCUUCUUCGCAGCCAAAUACUGUGCAAGAGAACAUUGAAGAUACACAGAUGCUUAAAAAAGGGAAAGUUCCAAAUGAACCUGAUUUCUGUGAGGGUCCUCUUCUUGCUUUUGGACCAAAAAAUGUUUCUACUGUUCAGUCUUCUGCGGAAUGUUAUACAACGCUUAAAUUUGACUUUAAUUUUGAGUCACUUUCAGUAACUCUCUACAACAGCGAUAUGAAUCAGAAGUCGCUGAUUUCGCUGCAUAGUGACAAAUUAUGCCUUGGUGAACUCCGACUGCAUUUAAUGGCAUCUUCGGGGAAGAUGUUUUCAGAUGGCUCAGUGGAUAUUAAUGUUAAACUCAAGGCAUGUACCCUGGAUGAUCUCAGAGAAGGAAUUCAGAAUGUGACUGCAAGAAUGAUAGACAAGAAAGAUGACACAAAUGGCAGUUCUAUGAUAGAUAUAAGCUAUAAGCAGGAUAAAAAUGGAACUGAAGUCGUUGCUGUCCUGGACAAGCUGUACAUAUGUGCCAGUGUGGAGUUUUUGUUGAUAGUAGCAGAUUUUUUCAUUAACUCAAUGCCAACAUCCUCAACGGAAAGAUCUGCACAGUUCCAAUUAAAGCAUGUUGCUUCUGGGAAAUUGAAGCCAGAAACAGAAAUAUCUGUACGGCCAAAUAUGACAGUAAAAGCUGUGAUCAUGGAUCCAGAAAUAGUAUUUGUUGCUAAUUUGACCAAUGCUGAUGCCCCUGCCUUAAAAGUUUCCUUCCAAUGUGACUUUUCUCUGACAUCUGGAAAGAUUGCACAAAGGAUGACUGCUCAAGUGAAGGGCUUCAAAGUGUUGGCCUGUGCCUUUCUCAAAGAAAAACAAGACAAGAGUGUUACUACGGUGUUACGGCCAUGUUCUUUGGUCAUGGAAAAUAUGAUGCAUGUCUCAGGGUUACAAACUGUGGUAGUAACAAUAGAAGAACUUACUAUAAAGAUCUCACCAAUAAUUCUGAAUACUGUGAUGACCAUUAUGGCUGCCAUAAAACCCAAAACAGCAGAGGAGGAUUCUGGAGCAGCAACUGAAGUUUCUGAGAAUUUGUGGGAAGUGAAGCCUAUAGAUCAGUGCAGUGCUUGGUUUCUUGGUGUUGAUGUAGCCACAGAAGCAACAGAAACUUUUAAGGACCAUGAACAUAUUCUGAAACAAGAGAAAUUUGACAUUGUAGUGAAAUCAGUUCAGAUCACUUUGGAAUGUGGUCUGGGACAUCGUACGGUCCCUUUAUUGUUAGUAGAAUCUGUGUUUUCAGGUGUCCUUAAAAACUGGUCCUCGCUGAUGGAGGUCACGGCUGAUAUGUCACUGGAGAUUCAUUAUUACAAUGAAACCUAUGCAGUGUGGGAGCCGCUUAUUGAACGAAUUGAAGGAGGAAAGAAGCAAUGGAGUUUAAAGCUGGAAAUGAAGACUAACCCAGUCCAAGAGAGAAGUUUGAUGCCUGGGGAUGAUUUCAUUGUUCUUCCUGAGCCACAAACUGCAGUUAACAUCUCUUCGAAGGAUACAAUGAAUAUAACAAUAUCCAAAUGUUGUCUUGCUGUUUUCAGUAAUUUAGCCAAGGCAUUUUCAGAAGGGACUGCAUCCACGUUUGACUAUUCCUUUAAAGAGACAGCACCUUUCAUAGUGAAAAAUGCCCUAGGUGUUCCUUUCAAAGUGUUUCCUAGCUCCAGUUUUCGGAUAGUUGGUUCAGUUGAAAAAGAAAACAUGAACAAUGUAGAAAUUGGUCAGAACAUGGAACUGGAAUACUCUGUUUUUGAAGCGCCCCAACGAGGAAAAUUGUCUGCAUUGCAUCGACAAGAAAGCUCCGUCUUCUCUUUAAAUUUAGAACUUCAAGGAUAUAAAGAAGUGGUUAACGUUCCCAUAGCCAAACCAGGCCGACGACUGUACAACAUUACAAACCUUCUUGUUGAUUGUUCAGACUCGAUCAUUGUACAGAUAGAUGCUACAGAAGGAAAUAAAGUUAUUACUGUACGAUCUCCUCUGCAGAUCAAGAACCAUUUCUCAAUCCCAUUUGUGAUCUAUAAACUGGCUAGAGACUCCAAGUCGCUAGAGCCAAUUGGCAUAUCCAAGCCAGAAGAGGAAUUUCAUGUUCCUUUACAUUCAUACAGGUGUCAUCUAUAUGUUCGACCAACAGGAAUGUUAGAAGGUCAGUUUAAAGAGUCCACGACUUACAUUGCCUGGAGGGAAGAACUACAUAGGAGCAAUGAAGUAAAGUGCUUGUUACAGUGCCCAGCCACCGAGACAAAUUUCUUGCCUCUAAUAGUCAGCUCAACAGCUGUACCUGAUGAACUAAAUUUUAUUUCAACUUGUGGAGGGGAGUGGGAUCCUGCCUACAUUAUCCACCUUUACCCUACACUGACUGUGAGGAAUCUUUUACCAUACUCCUUAAGAUAUUUACUUGAGGGAACAGCAGAAGCCCGUGAGUUGAUCGAAGGGAGUGCUGCAGAUGUUUUUCAUUCAAGAAUCAAUGGUGAAAUAAUGGAGCUUGUGUUGAUAAAAUAUCAAGGCAAAGACUGGAAUGGGCAUCUUAAAAUUAGUGAUGGGAUGCCUGAAUUUUUUUCUGUGUGUUUCACAUCCCAUUCUGCGACAGUGAUGACAGUGGAUAUUUACAUACAUACCAGGCGAAUUGGAAGCCGUAUGAUCUUGUCUGUGUUCAGUCCUUACUGGAUAAUCAACAAGACUUCCCGUAUUCUCCAGUAUCGAGCUGAAGACACUCAUGUGAAGCAUCCAGCAGACUACAGAGAUAUUGUUUUGUUCUCCUUUAAGAAGAAAACUAUUUUUAGUAAAAAUAAGAUCCAGUUAUGUAUUUCAACUAGCACUUGGUCCAGUAGCUUUUCCCUUGAUACUGUAGGAAGCUAUGGAUGUGUCAGGUGUUCAGCUAAUAACAUGGACUAUCUGGUUGGAGUUAGCAUCAAAAUGAGCAGUUUUAAUCUUACCAGGAUAGUUACCUUCACUCCAUUCUACACAAUAGCAAACAAAUCUUCUUUGGAACUAGAAGUUGGAGAAAUUGGUCCUAAUGGUUCUUUUCCAACUAAUAAAUGGAAUUAUAUCUCGACUUCAGAGUGUCUUCCAUUUUGGCCUGAAAACUCAUCUGGUGAACUUUGUGUAAGAGUAGUUGGCUAUGAAAGCUCAUCCAAACCAUUCCUGUUUAAUGCCCAGGAUAAUGGUACUCUGCUGAGGCUGGAAGAACUGAAUGGGGGCCUACUGGUAGAUGUGAAUGUUUCUGAGCAUUCUACUCUUAUAAGCUUCUCGGAUUACCAUGAGGGAGCUGCUCCGGCUCUUAUUGUUAACCAUACUUCGUGGGACUCUCUCAGAUAUAAACAGAGUGGAUUACAAGAGGAAAUGGAGUUGAAACCAAAGCAAGUAUGCCUCUUUGCAUGGACAGAUCCAACUAAAACAAGAAAAUUGACUUGGGGCUACUCCCAGAAUUUUGGUGAACAUGACCUACUUAAGGAUGAUUGUGGCCAAUUCCCUUACAAUGCAAAUACUCAAAUACACUGGGUGUCUUUCCUGGAUGGACGCCAACGAGUGCUACUUUUCACAGAUGAUGUUGCAUUAGUUUCUAAAGCACGACAAGCAGAGGAGCUGGAGCAACCUGAUCAAGAAAUAAACUUGUCAAUCCAUAGUCUUGGACUUUCUCUUGUUAACAAUGAAAAUAAAAAAGAAAUCUCUUACAUAGGAAUUACUAGUUCUGGUGUUGUUUGGGAACUAAAACCGAGGCAAAAGUGGAAACCAUUUAAUCAAAAGCAAAUAAACCUGUUGGAACAAGCUUAUCAAAAGUAUCUUUGUAAGAGUGCUUUCCAAGCUCCAGGUUGGCAUAAACUAGACAGCAAUAUUGAGGUGAAUUUUAGUAAGGUUCCAAUGGAAAUGCGUCUCCCAGUCAGAUGCAGCAUCCGACGCAACUUCCUGUCAGGAAUUCAGGUUGAAUUCAAACAGUCACCUCACCAAAGAAGCUUACGGGCUCAAUUGUAUUGGCUGCAGGUUGAUAAUCAAUUACCAGGAUCGAUGUUUCCUGUUGUAUUUCACCCUGUAGCCCCUCCCAAGUCAAUUGCUUUGGAUUCAGAACCAAAACCCUUCAUUGACAUCAGCGUCAUCACUAGAUUCAAUGAAUACAGCAAAGUACUGCAAUUCAAAUACUUCAUGGUUCUUAUCCAGGAAAUGGCACUGAAAAUUGAUCAAGGAUUUUUAGGAGCACUUAGUGAACUUUUCACUCCAUCUACAGACCCAGAAGCUGAAAGACAAAGGUCUAAAUUAAUUAAGCAAGAUGUCGAUGCACUUAACACUGAACUAAUGGAGUCUUCCCUAACAGACCUGUCAAUGCUCAGCUUCUUUGAGCAUUUUCACAUUUCUCCAAUUAAGUUGCAUUUGAGUCUGUCUCUGGCUUCUGGUGAAGAAGCAUCAGAUAAGGGGGAAGAAAUGAUAGCCAUCCAUUCUCUGAAUUUGCUAUUGAAAAGUAUCGGAGCUACUCUAACAGAUGUGGAUGAUCUUAUUUUCAAACUUGCUUUCUUUGAAAUUAAGUAUCAGUUCUACAAGAGAGAUCAACUGAUGAAGAGAGUUGUUAGACAUUAUAGUGAACAACUCCUGAAACAGAUGUAUGUUCUUGUACUUGGGUUAGAUGUUCUUGGAAAUCCAUUCGGCUUAAUCAGAGGCUUGUCUGAGGGAGUUGAAGCUUUCUUCUAUGAGCCGUUCCAGGGUGCUGUUCAAGGACCUGAAGAAUUUGCUGAAGGCUUUGUAAUUGGUGUUAAAAGUCUUCUUGGACACACAGUCGGUGGUGCAGCAGGGGUGGUGUCUAGGAUCACUGGUUCAGUUGGAAAAGGCUUGGCUGCUAUUACUAUGGAUAAAGAAUUUCAGCAGAAACGGAGAGAGGAAAUGGGUCGGCAGCCAAAAGACUUUGGUGACAGCCUGGCCAAAGGAGGAAAAGGCUUGUUACAGGGUGUUGUUGGAGGUGUGACGGGCAUAAUCACUAAACCUGUAGAAGGGGCUAAAAAAGAAGGUGCAGCUGGAUUCUUUAAAGGAAUUGGAAAGGGGCUUGUAGGAGUGGUAGCCCGCCCAACAGGUGGCAUUGUAGAUAUGGCAAGCAGUACCUUCCAGGGCAUUCAAAGGGUGGCAGAAUCAACUGAAGAAGUAUCUAAUCUCCGUCCUCCACGUUUCAUUCAUGAAGAUGGCAUCAUCCGGCCAUACAAUAGGGUGGAAGCUGAGGGUUAUGAUUUAUUUGAGCAAGAACUGGAAUAACGGAGUAAACAUUUUCCAUAUUUCUUCUCUAUUUCAGUCACAGUCUUUUAUCAGCCUUAAGUGUUUAGAUUAAGGGCAUGAUUACAUUUAAUAUGUCCCCUUCAUUCUUAUCUUUUCUGUGUAGCAGUUGAAUAGAACAGUGUUUCAUUUUGUCCAGGCUAAGAAAACAAACUUGUAUAACCACCUUCAGUAACAUUAGAUGAGUGGGUAAGAUGUGAGAGACAGGGAGGGUUUGUUUCCUGUAUAUUUGUUUUUCUAAGGAUGCUUAGCUUCUUAUGAGUGGCAACAAUGGAAGGUACUUGGGAAAAAACCCAAGCAGGGUAGAUGCUGAAUUCAUUAAUUUAUUAGCAUUUUCUUAGAGCCAGGGCUGUGGAUGAAGGGAGAAAGCAACAUUUCAAUACUUGUGCAAAAUUUAAAAUGGUGAUAUUGAGUGGAAUAUUCUUCUGUGGAAAUGCUUAUAACUCCAUGAUACAGAAAUACUGUUUCCGUAUAAAUGCUAAGAAAACUUGUAUUUGUGGGGUUUGUAAUAUGCUGUAGGCCUGUCACUUACACAUCUGAUGAACCACUAUCACUUCAAGUGACUACUACUACAACUUCUUUAUGAAAUUUUAUCAAUUAAAAAAUGUAGCCAGCUCAGUUGACUCUGGUGUCAUUCACAGAAUCUUCUGGGGCUUUGCUGUUCAACAUACUUAAAUGUAAACUUCCAGCUGUUAACAUGAAUUUACCUAUAUAUAUAUAUAUAUAUAAAAAAUAUAUAUAUAUUUCUAAAUUAAGUGAUGCCAUAAAUUUCAUUUCUAAUACAGCAUUUCAUAAAUUAACAAGCUGUUCUCAGAGCAAAUUGUUUGCCUAUCAUACAUGAAAAAAAACAUUGAGCAGAGAGCUCCUGCUAAUGCCUUUUUAGAAUUUAGUGGUCAAUAGUCAGCUUAAUUAUUUUAAAAUUGUUUAAAAAAAAAAAAAUCUAAUGAACUGUUAGUUUAGCUGAUUAAAUGAAAUUAAGUUGUUGUGAUAUACUAAGCAGACCAAAUUUCUUCAUGUAGUGAGAUUUUUUAUUUUUAUUUUUUGAGCUAUGUUCUUAUGCAGUUCCUGCACAACUAAUAUUUGUAUUCAUCUUAGAUCUAAAUGGACUGGAGAUGUAGAAUUGGAAUUGUACACUAACCAAGAACAAAUCCUCUGUAUAGUUCACUAAAUACAGUUUCUUCCUUUAGGAAGUCAGUUAAUUGAAUAUGUUGUUUGUGUUUUUGUUUUGGUGGGGUUUUUUGUGGUUUGUUUUUUUUAACUAACUGAUUUUGAUUAUUAUGCUAGAGGUUAGUGUUGGGAAGGUUUUGUUUUCGAAUGUAAAUUACAAGCAAGAGGGGGACAGUGUCUUUACAGGAUAUAGGAUAUUUAACAAGGAAGAUGAGUCAGAAAGUCAGUUUUAUAUGCAUUUACAAAUUUAAUUGCAAAUAACUCAGCUUAUAGGUACUAGUGCUGUUUAUUUUUGGAUCCAGUUUUGACCCAGCAUUUUAAGUAGUUUAACCAGAAUUCCCACCCUCUCAUCUAUUUUAACUUUAAUGCAUAUGUCCCUUUAAAAUAAAUAUACGCUUACAAGGUUUCAACCUUGUAAGGUUACCUUAAGGAAUGGAUGUCUCAAAUACUAUCCAGUAGUUGGACAAAAAAAUGUUUCACUUAAAUACUCACUUGUAUAUGAGUAUAGACAUUGGUAGACAUUAGAGCUCAGCUUAGGAAGAGCAUACGUGUAGGUCUUAAAAGACAAGUUACUUUUUUCCACUCGGAACGGUUUUUUUUGGUGCAGAAUGAGGACAGCAGCCAGAUGGAGUAGAUCAGUUCACUUGCGUAAACUUGUUUACGCAGUACAUUUUCCCAGAAGUGCUGGAUCUAAUGUAUAUGGGCUAUAUAGGGAUCUGCUCAGUCAAUUCAAAACCUGGAAAGUCAGAUUUGAUGUCUUGCAGGCCAUGUCUCUAGCUCAUGCAGUGAGGCUUAGUAGUAGCAAAUGCGUUUUGUAAAACAUAAAUGCACGGUAUUUAUAGGUGGAGAAAUCAAAGAACAAAUAGGGCAACUCUAGGAGAAUUGUUUUCCAAGGAAUAAGUUCUCAAGAGUUUUAAUCUUUGUACGAGGAGUGUUUGCAGUUGAUGAGAUUUGCUAGAACAAGUAAUGAAUGCCUUUGGCUUUGUUACACUUUGCCUUUUAAUACGCAGGUAUUGCUGCCUGUUCUGGUGAGGAGACUGUCUUCUAACCCCAGCACUUAGGGUCUGACAUGAUGCAGUUCAUACAUUAUUCAAUGUCUAUGGCGUUACUUUGUUUCAUUUCCCAGUUAAAGCAUGGAGCUUUAUAAAGAAUGCAGAACACUUCAUGAAUAAUUGAGACAUGGUGGUGAGACAGUGUUGUGUGGCAGAGAGAAUACUAUGCUAGGUUUCAAGAAAGUGCAGAUUCUAUUUCUGGUUGAGUCACUGUUCUGCUGUGUAAAUUUGCAGUGGUUCUUUUAUUUCCGUGUAAAAUAAGAAUGAGUUGAACUUCUUUAAAGUGCUCUAGUAUUCUCAUAAAAAUAGAAGCUUUUGAUAAAGAUGCCGGAAUUUUAAGAGUGUGCAGAUUAUGGAGUAAUUUGCAUCGAGCGCAACCCGCUUUUUACAUAAUGCCACUACCAUUGUGCUGACGUCUAUCAGGUGCAUUGAGAAUAGCUCUGAGAAAUGUUGCAUCUCUUAGGCACGGACCUCGGUGGGAACUCUUACUGUAGUAACAUAUUGCAUGUAAAAUCUAAAAAUACUAUUGGGAUUGUUUCUGAAGUUAUGAGAAACAGGCUUUCUCUCCAAAGCUUUGAUUUUAAAUAAAGGAACAUGCUUAUGAAUAUAUCUGUUUAAAUACGUGGCAUGUCUCAUUUCUGCCUAUCCAGCAAAAGGCUUCAGAAUAUGGAUUGCAGCCUUUGAAUUGCAGUCUUACAUGGCAGUGGGUUUUGUAUUUCUUCAAUUUUUACUUGUUUUUAAAAUAACUAUGGUUCACGUAUAAAAUGUGAGUUCAUAUUUUGAUUUUAGUUAUAUGCUGCCUUCUUUCUUCUGAUGUUUUGAAGAGACUUUGAGAUAAGCAGUCUUUCUGGAAUUUUUUUUCCUUUCAUGUAUGUUUUACAGUUUCAGAAAUUUUAAAGAUGGUCAGGAAGUUAUAUUUUUUUAUAGAAGAUGUGAACCUUCUAUUUUUCAUUGCUGGAAAAUGCUGAAUUAAAAUGUUUUUCAAAACAUUAUAUCACUAGGGAGCAAAUCCAGAAAAACACUAUGCUGUUGAUUUGAAUUCUUGAAUAUUAAUCCACUUUUGAGCUUAAAGGAUUUUUGAGGUCGGUUACAAUGUAUGAUGAUACUUUAAGACAUUUUUUAAACUUUUAAAUAUAUGAAAAUAAAAUGCAAGUAUAAGUAAAUGUUGAAGCCUCUUUUAAUUCAUUCUGAUGUAAGCUGAGGUGACAAAAGAUCUUUCCAUUUUGGUUACUUAAACUGUAUAGAGUUUUAAACUAUAUAGCUUGCGUGGUCGAUGAUAGAUAAAUGUGGAGUCAAGUUUAGCUUCUGUUGUCAUCUUACCAGUUUUAUAGAUCCAGCUAUGGAAAUACAGAAGGAAAUGUAUCUUUACAAGGAAUACCUAAAAAGAUAUUGAAUUUUUAGUGCUGUCUCCUUAAUUUGUUCUCACUAGUUCGUCAGAAAUAACUUGAGAAAUUUACUGUUAUACUGGCUGAAUUCCAUAGUAGCAGCUGUAAAAUGAACUGAAGGUCAUCUUAUUUUGCGAUGAAGAACAUCAAACCAAUUUUGGGGCAUCCAGUUGCAGGCACUUGCUAAACGUUGAUCUGAGGUGCAUGCAUUCUGUAUCCAGACAGGGCACGUAUGGCCUUCAUUCUUCCUUAUGUUUCCUCAUGUUCCUACACAGGAGCUGCACAUUUUCCAUUAAAACAGAUUGUAUGAUAAAAAAGGUGGUUGUAUUGCUUAAAGAGUACAAAGCUAACAUGCAUUGACAUUAUGGCUAUAUAACUGUCUUUGUUAAGUUUUACUAAUUAAACAUUAUUUACAAGUGGAA